AUUACCAAAAACAUUCAGCAAGUUAGGUUAAGUUAAAGUAAAAGCGUUGCUAUGGCGCUAAAGUUAAAUGUAAUAGCUGCAGCUUGCGAAAAUAUGGGAAUUGGUAAAAACAAUAAUUUACCAUGGAAAUUAAAAACAGAAAUGGAGUAUUUCACUAAAAUGACCACCACCACACGAGAUCCAUGUAAAAAGAAUAUUGUUAUCAUGGGACAUAAUACUUGGAAUUCGAUUCAUAAGAAAUAUAAACCAUUGAAAGGUCGAAUCAAUUUUAUAUUGUCUCGCUCGGAUUUAAAUCUAAGGGAUUAUGGUGAUGUAUAUGUCUUUAAAAGUUUUCGUUCCUGUUUAGACACAUUAGAAGGACCUGAAUUUAAAAAUAUUUAUGAAAGAAUUUGGGUUAUAGGUGGAAGUCAGGUUUAUAAGGAAGCUGUAGAAUGUGAAAAUUUUUAUCGUCUUUAUCUAACUAAAAUUUUGAAAGAAUUUGAUUGUGAUACAUUUUUCCCUGAAUUGCCAAGUGACAUGGAAGAAGUGAAAGAUGACUCUGUUCCAGAAGGUGUGCAAUCAGAAGGAGAUAUCAAUUUUACAUUCAAUGUCUAUCAGAAUAUGAAAUUUAAGUAGUAUUGGAAAAAGCUUUUUGUUACUAAGAAAAUUUAAUAAAAAUAAAUACUUUUUGAAAUUGA